AUGGGAGAACACUUGGAAUUCGUUCUCGUUGGCGUCAGCAGCAAGCCUAGUGACCUUUCGAAGCUGAUUGACCGGAAAGUCUCACUCGGUUUGGCUCAAACCUCCCGAAAAUACGCCGGAGCAGCUGGACUCGGAUCAUCGGGUGUGGUCUACUUAGGCGUCAACGUCGAAUUCCCUGGCCUCUCUCUUGACUACUCCAUCCACGCCGAGCAAUUCGUCGUCGCCAACCUCGCACUCCACUCCGAGAAACGCCUUCUUUUCUUAGCCAUGUCCCAUGACGGCUCCACCUGCGACGCGCCGUGCCAUCGCUGCCGCAACCUCCUUCAGGAAACCCGGGAUCCUGAAACAAAAAUCGUAAUCAAGAAUCCAUCAAGGAAGUACCACGGAUACGUGGAGCUCGUGUCACUCCUUGAGCCGCGCUUCGUCCUUGGAGAUACAUCUCUCCUUCACGAGCCGAAGCACAACGGCCUCACUCUCUUGGAACCAGAGAUCUGCCAAGAUUCCGACGCUUGUAGCCAUCUCAAGUGCAGGGCUCUAGCGGCGGCGAACAAGUCGUGUGCGCCGUACAGCGACUGUCCAUCGGGAGUGGCGCUGAAGGAUCGUGAUGGGAAAGUGUACAGAGGAUGGUACAUGGAGUCGGGUGCGUGUGAGGCAAGUUUGAUGCCAAUACAAACCGCGGUGGUUGAUUUCGUGGUUAGUUGCGCAGGCAGACAAAUGUUCGAUAACAUUGUCGAAGCGGUGCUUGUGGAGAAGAAAGAUGCGAGGGUUAGUCAAGUGGAAACGACGAAAACGAUUCUAAAGGCUUUAGUAGGACACCCCAACUGUGUGCUCAAAGUCUUCCAUUUCCGUAAGCCCUAA